CGCCUGGCUUCUCAACCCAGGAAGUCGCGCGAGCCAAACGCGGCUCCUGGCAGGCGCGCAGCGGGAUCGCAGCGCGAAGAUGCCGCGCCCGUCCGGCUGGCUGCUGCUGGAGUUGGCGCUCAACGCCGCCGCCCUGCUCGCUGCCCUCGGCUGCGCCGCCGCCCUCGGCCUCGCCCAGUGGGGCUUUGGCGGCAAGUGCAUUCUCUACGGGUCGGUGGGCUACAACGGGACGCUGAACCUCCUGACCUCCAGCCCUGCCUCGCUCUGCUACUUCAUUUCCGCCGUCUCGGGGUUGACGGCCAUCUUCACCCUGGUCUCCCUGCUCCGCGGCCUCUACAGCUUGUGCUACGGCGAUGGACACUUGGUCCACGCCUGGAUCAGGACCUCCUUGGUGGUCUCGGCCACCCUCCUCUUCUUCCUCCUGGUCUCCGCCUGCGUCCUCCGCGUUGGCAUGGACGUCUUCUGCAGCUCCAUUCAGAGAUCCAAAGCGGCAGCCAGCUGCCAAGAGGCUCAACAACGUCCCUGGGUCAAGCCUUAUCGUCCCGGAAAGUUCUACGACAACCUCUACGCUGCCCAGGCCACCGCAUGGGUGAACUUCUUCUUCUGGUUCUUGAUGUCCUUCCUGCUCUUCGUGGAAUGCAUCCGCAAAGCCCCCUACCAGCCCGUGGAGGACGGCAACCCCCAGCCCAACUUGACAGUGCCCGCCACUGGCGACCUCUCUCCUUGAGGGACGAAGGAAGGAGGAGCCACGACGGCUCCCUCCAUUCGGACAGUCUUGUUGCCACCUUCUUCUCGGGGGUAGCAGAGAGGACCAUCUAACCUGCUUUGACAAGAGACUGGUCUCGUCUCCCAUGGGUUAUCCAGAGGUCACAACUGGAGCCCCUCUGGAAUCACCUGUCCUGCAGCUUUGCCCCCCAUCCUCAACCCAGUCAGGUUCUCCUGAAGGUCACUGUGGAAUGGAGGGUUUCCCACCACACAAGGCCACAACACACAACGAGGACAGCCUGGAAAUGUAAGCUCUUCUAGGUUGAGUGGUGUUGAAUGGUGUUGCGUCAACGUGCCCCACUUCAUUGGCAAACCCACAGGUUGAUAUUUUGUGUACCACAAGCGCCAUCAAGCCUCCUUCUGAUGAUGUCCACCUCCAUAGUGGACAGGGUAACGGUGCUGAGUUAAGCCAGGGGAUUCCUCCGCUAAAAAUCCCCUCUCUCCCAUCAUGGACCCUUCUUCACUAGUGACGUGGGGGCUAUGCCACCCCCCACACCUGGUGGUUGGUGUGGAGAAGAACCGCAGGAAAAUCAAUCCCAUUCUCGGCUUCUGGGGGAACCUUUGUCAUCAAACCCUUACCUCAUUGGGGGGGAAGAAAAUGGGGUGGAUCAAUUGGGGUGGGUGGGAGGGAGAAACCUUGUCCGAAUGUGUGCGGCUUUUUCACGCGGAUGGAAUUGCUUUGAAGCAAAUAAACACACUUCUCUUUUUUUCCCCCCUUAACUAGUUUUGUGUUUAUUGAGUCGGGAAACGUAAAAAUGAAGCAGGACGGGAGGGUGGCAGGGCAGAAAAAUCACAAAAUGUGGGAGGAGGAGGAGGAGGAGGAGGGUUUGGGGCCCAUUCAUACGAAACGAGACACCCCUGGAUUUUCUGCCUCUUCCUAGAGACGGUGGUCUUCCUGCUUUUAAGCCCAGCAGGGGUCUUAAAAUGUUUCUCAAUCUGGACAAACUUGGAAGAUGCCUGGACUUCAACGCCCAGAAUUCCAAAGUCAGCUCUGCUGGGCGUUGAAGUCCAGGCAUCUUCCAAGUUUGUCCGGAUUGAGAAGAUGGUUAUAACUGGAAAAAUGCUGGAGCAGGCUCAAUAUCUUACCUCCCAGGAGGUAUCCGAAAUGCUACAGGGAGAU